AUGGUUUUACAUACUAACAUUCCUUCUGUCCCUGCUCCUAAAUCUGCUGAGAGCAGCAGUGAAGAGACACAACAGCGUGAAGAAGAAGACCCAAACCUCCUACCUGCCGGGAACCUGAGCAGCAGCUUUGAGGAGUUCACACCUGCCUGCACUGAUGAGUCUGCUGGUGAAAGCUACAGGUUCCAGUGCUCCCGUCCAGGUCAGUACCAGUGCAGAGAGACGGCUCUGGUGUUUCACAUGAAGGACGGAGGCCAGGUUCUGUACAGGAUCCUUCCUUGGAGCAGGAGCCAGCUGAGCCCACAUCACAAGAAGCCUGCAGGACCCCUGUUUGACCUCAGGUGUGUGAAGGAGGGGUCCAUGUGUCAGCUUCACCUCCCUCACUGUGAGAUCCGCUCCACAGGGGGAUGUCGCUUCUUGUCGGUCGCUCACGUGAACGAUGAUGGCAUCGAGUUCAUCAGGCCUCAGAAGAUAACAGAAACUCAUGUUGUCAUCGACGUCACAGGGUUUUCUUGUUACGGUAACGUCAAAGAUGAAGCCUCUCCCUCUGUUCCGAUCCGAGCGUUGGUUCUGCCGUUCUACAAGCCUCCACAGGAUCCAGACACUGAACACAUCAUCAACGUGUUGCUGCUCCCACAUAAUGUUUCUGUCAAGGAUGUUGUGCGCUCCAGGAAGACACUAGACAGAGAUGAGACGUACGUACAAACCCCCGCUCACUGUAAACUGCAGCCCCAGCAGGUUUACUCUCUGACCACCAGUCCUGGAGGAGACUCCGUUGAAGUCCAGCCUACAGAGGCUGAAUUUUUUGAAGACUCCUACAACAACUACUUAGAAACGUUCCAGCUGAUUUAUGAAAUGAAGAUGAAACACAUCAGACUGAGUUUGAAGGACAGCAGCUCCAACGGUGUCUGGGAAAGACGGGUUUGUGUUUCUUCCUCUGAGGUAAAAGCGUCUCCUGGAUCAGCCCGUCUGAACCUCCCGCCACAAGAGCAGCUGCUGGAAGUCUGGAGCAGCCUCGUUGAGAGGAUCUCAGAAUCUAACCUCCUGAAACUGCUGGACAAACUCCUGGAGAGACGUGUCAUCAAUUAUGAUGAGUUGGAGACGGCAAAGGAGAAGACAAACAGAGGAGAGAGAACUCGCUGUGUUGUUGAUACGGUGAGCAAAAAAGGUCGAGAUGCAAGUUCAGAGAUGAUUGAGAUUCUCAAUGACCUGGACCCGUUCCUCUGUGGAGAUCUGGCCUUGAUCUGAAGAGCAUUACUGCCCCCUUAAACUGCACGUGUGUGGAAGCUGCAUCAUGAUUUCCAGGAAGGAGUUUUGAUCUCAACUCUUGCCAUCAGAAAUAUCUGCUCAACUAAUCACCACAGAGGGUUUUCUCUGAAACAGCUGUUCUAAAUCUCCUGGAAACAACAUUCCUGGGAGGUUUAGCAACAUACAUGGUGCAUCUCUGCAGGAUGGAGGUUUCUUUCCAGUAGCAAGUUGCUUUAUGGCGCCUCAGCUGUUGGUAAGUGUCUGCAUUGCCAGGAACGGCCCUCCAACAAGAAUUAUGGGAAAGUUCUGCAAGGCAAAGACGAGGUCCUGCCUCAUGUUAAGUGUUAACUUGGUUCUUCAGCAGAAGAUGAUCUGCAGCCCUCCUGACGUUCCCUCACACUUCUACACUUCUAAUUCAUGCUGAUUGUUGCUGUUUAUGCAAAAGCAGCAACAGAAACUCAGCAACCAUCUCAGCUCCUUCAGGUUCAUCUCCUCGUUGCUGGUUUUGUCUUCUUGGUUCUUCUUCAUCGUCUGUUUCAUUCACUGCAGUGGUGGCUGGCCACCAGCAGAAGUGGCACACUACUGCCACCUAGUGGUCCUGAGCAGGACUUUGCUGAGCCAGCGGAUCCUCCCAGGUCCAGCCCUGUAAUGGACACAUGACGGCUGAAAAGACGGAGGAUCUGGUCGGUACCGUUACCUUCCAGCCUUCCAGCUUUUAUCCUGAGCGGAUGCUGAUGGAAACCCACUCAUCUGACUGUAUUUGGCCUCCAACUCAAGACGCUUUCUGUUUCCAGGGUGUAAUGUGUCUCUCCAGUCCAGUUGUAUCUUAAUCUUGAUAGUUUUCUUGUUUUCUAACUCUUCAGACAGAUAAGAUGGAUGUUUGAUGCCAACUAUAAACAUGUAUCUUUAACAUAUGAAUUAACUGUAGCUGUGAACUUAUUUUGUGGACGUGUUGUUUUCCCACAGAAAUAUAUUUGAUCAUACAAAGACGUCAUAAUUCUUUCCUGCAGCUCAUAAAAGAGCCUGUUGCUCAACAAGAUGUUUUUCUGUUACCUUUUAAGGUAAAAGCAGCAAAUGAAAGGUCUUAACCUGUUCACCCCGAGGGAUUUUGGAGGUGAAUUUCACCUGAAGAGGCCUAUCCAAAUUAAAUCAACAAUAUCUCCACAAUUAUAUGGACAAUAUGCAUAAUCUUGGUCUCAAUGGAUAGUUAAGACCUCCCAGCAUGCAUUUCCAGUGUCAGAAACAUUGUGAAUGUUCACAUGUCUGAGCAAAUUGUGAUAAAACAAAGAAAAAUUUUAAAUUUUUAUUCUCAUUUUUUCAGUGGAAAACACCUGGAUAGCAAUGCAUAUAAUUAUAAAGACACCACUGUCUGGAUUCAGCAACUCCUUGACUACAACUGUACCAAGUUACAUGAGAAUAGCUUAAAGCACAUGGAUUUUAUAAAGGUUUUAGUGUGGAUAGUACCAGGCGGAAUACCUGUCAAGUUUUGGAUAUAAAAAUACGUGAAAUGUUCCCGCCGCUGUCCCAGCAGCUCAACCGAGGUCCAGUAUCUUACAUUUAAGACAGAUUUAGGAGAAAUCCAAAAUAACAAGCUGUCAACCACUUACAAACUACAAUUAUGUGCUCGUAGCCUGAUAGGACGACCUUUGUUGACACUGAAAUGCUGUGUACUUCCUAUGUACGUAAUUCCUAUAAUAGAACCUAAAUGAAAACACAAAGGGGAAUUAAAGCACAUUUAUUUUUUUUAUAUUUUCAGUUUAUA